AUGUACCUUACGCGCCUCCAUCCUCACCUUCUUGCAGCCGGGGUUCUUAUUGGCCUGGUCUCUGCUGAACAGCAUGCUCGCCGCGGCGUUGAGUGUUAUUUUGACACACAGGCGGCCAGUGGCGAUACUUGCGAGAGUCUUGCGUCAGCCUGGGGCCUCUCGACGGAUGACUUCGUCAAGCUCAACCCUGGUGUGAUCUGCCCAAACCUCGAAGCUGGCAAGACGUACUGCGUCGUCGGCGACUCGACUCCUGACCAGUCGACAUCAUCCUCCCUUCCUCCGAAGAUCUCCUCUACCACUAGCACUACCAGUGCGGUCUUGACCACCACCACCGUGUCUUCCACCACAAUCAAGACGACUCCUUCGACCUCCACCAUGCCAUUGGCCACGAGCAAGACGACAUCAGUGACCACAAUUCUACCUUCAACCACGAGCCAGACGACAUCUACUACUACCAGCAAACCUAUCACCACCACUCAGUCGACUACUAUGAAGACGUCGACAGCAGCUGCACCAAGCAACUCCCCAACUAUGCCUGGUGCUGCGUCAAACUGCAACAAGUGGUAUAAGAUUACCUCCGGCGAUACCUGCGAUGUUGUUGCCACCAAGAACGGCAUUACCGUUACCCAAUUAAGGAGCUGGAACACCCAGAUUAAUACCUCAUGCUCCAACCUCUGGGCUGACUAUUACGUUUGCACCGGCGUCCCCGGCGCCGCUCCGACGACGACGACGACGACAACUGCCCCACCCGCGCCGAGCAACUCCCCCGCUUUACCCGGUGCUGUGUCCAACUGCAACAAGUGGUACAAGAUUGCCUCUGGUGAUACUUGUGACGUUCUCGCUGGCAAGAACGCCAUUACCGUCGCCCAGCUCUAUCGCUGGAACACUCAGAUCAACUCCAGCUGUAACAACCUCCUCCUGGGAUACUACGCCUGUGUCGGCAUCCCCGGCGCUGCGGCUCCCAUGCCUGGCAUCGUGUCCAACUGCAAGCGCUACUACCAGGUGGUCUCCGGCGACAGCUGCGAUAGUAUCGCCCAGAAGAACGGUAUCACGGUGGCCAAUUUCCGGCGUUGGAAUACUGCUAUCAACACCGGAUGUACGAACUUGUGGGCUGAUGCGUUGGUCUGCACUAGUGCGUAA